AGGACCCCGCCCAGCUCGACCUCUCCGACCCCGACUGGGCCGCCAGCCUCCGCCUCCUCCGCCGACACUGGAAAUGGGCAGCCUUCAGCCAGUUCUUCUACACCUUCGCGCCUCUCUUUGCCACCAGCGAUGUCUCCCUCGUUGACAUCGAGGACGACCUCGCCCGAGGCGUUACCCUCUACCUCCCGCGCAUAAUGACCAGGCUUCUCUACACCCUGACCCAGGACAGGAAGAUAUCCAUCGACAACUGGCAGACCGCCCUUCGCAAACAGUACCUUAGGCGCGACCCAGCGGCGAAUCCGAUCGGCCCUGAGCCUCCUGCCGAGUCUCGUCAGACUACGCGGGAGAUCUCAGAGCCUCUGACCGUCGACGUCAAGAACGAGAGCACCGUAGCGACCCCUGCCGCCGACGGCGACCAACCUGCCGAACUCCCUGACGGAGAGAACGCAGAAGCCGCUCAAACCGAGGACGCAGGGGGCGAGGUAGACGUCCGGAAUGGCUCUGUACAUCCCGCAAAAGACGUCAAGGAGGAAGACGCCCGCGAGCAACCUCCGCAACCGGACGCCGAAGAGAGCAAGGACUGGCUCGAGCUCCCCAUGGUGGACAAGCUAGACUCCAUGUAUCUUCUGACCGAGUGGCAUUUCCAAAACCCCCAUCGCCUUAGGCAAAUCAUGAAGAGCGACGACGACUAUGCGAGCUGGCGUAUCGAGCCGAUAGGAUACGACGCAAAAACGAAUGCUUACUGGUUGAUCGGCCCCGAUCGACUAUGGCUUCAGCGCGUCCCACCCAAGCCUCCAAAAGGUCUCAAGCGCAAACGCCCUGCCGCGAGAAAGUCCAUUGCGCAGGCAUCCACAAGCAAGUUAGACGAUGACGAGUACAACUCCGAGGCAGAGCAGCAGCAGUCACCCAAGCGCAAACGGACUCAACGGACCCCAGCGAAGGCCGCAGCCGCUCGCCCACAACGCCCCGCCGUCCGCUCUACGCGCAGCCGCAAGGCUGCUCCGGAACCCGAGCCUGAGCCUACCGGCGGCCGUGGCAGCAGCCGCGCAGCCAAAAUGCAAGCGAACAAGAUGCUUGACGUACAGGCGAAAGAGCUCGCCGAGUUCCAGCGCCAGGCCGCCACCCUCGCCGCCGCAAACCGGUCGUCUCGACCGAUGAGACAGAGCAGAGGACAGGCGGAGACGCCGCACUCGAGCCCGACACGGUCGACGAGGUCGCCGAGGAAAGCGGCGCUCGGCACGAGGACGAGCGCGAGGCUUCGUGGGGCGCAAGACGAGGAAGGUGGCGACGAAUGGCAGCAGAUACCCGAGGAUUGGCUGCAGGAUGCCCCCGAGCCGUCAGCGCGGCCGCCUACACGGAGCAGCGCGAGGAAAGGCAAGGGUAAAGCAGUCGCUGCCCCGGAGGAGGUCGCCCCCGAGGACCCCGUCAUGCCGUCUGAUGAGCCAAAGACCGGGUUGGAGAGCGAUGCCGCUAGUGAAUUGACGGAACUGUCGCAAGUCGGUACGGAAGAAGCAGCGCGGGAGCCUACUCCGAAACCGACGGGUCGAUCGACUCGGUCGAGGAAAAGAACUCGCGCAGCUGAGCUUGCCGAGUCACAGGCCAAGCAGGACACCACAUUUGGCCAGGACGGUGCGGGAGAAGCAGAGGAUACUCACGAUGCAGACGCCGAUCACUUGGAAGAACCCGUGGAGGAGCCUGCCGCGUUGCCAGACGAUUUUGUGGAAUGGGAAGCGGUGUGCGUCACGUUGCAUGAAUGGGAGCACAUCGCAGAACGCUUCGAGAAGGCGACUCACUACUUGGAGAAGGCGCUGUACAAGAUGCUCACGCAGAACAUCGUACCUUUAGUGACCGCGGAGCUUAGGGAAGAAAUCGAAGAGGCAGUGGUUCAUCGAAAGCGAUCGUCGCGGAUAGCCAUCAAAGAGAGCGAGAAGGAACAACAGCGAGAGGUCGCGAAGAAGAGGGCGGAAGAGGACGAUAAGCUCUCCAGGGCGAAACGGAUGGAGGCGCGUGCGAAGAAAGAAGAAGACGAGCGCCAGAAACGAGACAAGGAGAGAGAACGGCGGCGUUUGGAGCGGGAAGAGCGCGAGGAGCGAGCGAGGCAGAAAGAGGAGCGCGCUCAGCGACGUGCACAAGCAGAGGAGCGUGCUUCAACAACCACGCCUGCUGCGGGCACUCAUUCGACUGAGUCGGUUUUGCUCAGUAGUGUACCGACACCCACGGGUGUCCAGACGCCCGGUUGGAUGCUCGACUGUGAGAUCUGCGGCAAGCGUGGGGCCAAUCUCGACGAUGGUCUGCCUAUGGUCUCAUGUGGCAUGUGCUCAAAAUGGCAGCACAUUGGCUGCCAUGACAUGGCUGAUCAGCGGAUGAGCCGUCCGCGUAGAGAUUGGGAGCGCCAACAGUUCUACUGCCAGCAAUGUCGUGCCCGCGCUUCGAAUGGCACGUCGUAUAUCGCCUCCAACCAUCAACGAUACCCGCUGCCGCAGCCCCAUCCUUCACAUUCAUCGUCCUGGUCCCAGGCUGCCGCUGAUCCCUCGAUCCACCCGCAGAAAUCUUUGGCCGCGCCACAACAUAUUACCCUGAUCAUCCUCUUCAAUCACACGUCGUACCCGAGACAAGACGCACCGACACCGGCGGGCUAUACGAGGACGCAGAACGGGCUCACGUUCUCGCACUAUCAACCGGAGCAUCGCGCCUUCACGAGCAUACGUAACCCUCAACAGAGCACGCCCUCGCCCCCAGUUGGUCAUGGAUGGAAUAACGGGUACUCGACUGCGCAGCCUAGCCACCAGUAUGGAGGGUCCUACAACGGCUUGGGGUCAACCUCGUACCAGAGCGCUGCCUCCACGUCUGCGCGUCCGCCGUCCAACUUUGGGCACAGACAGGCUCCCGCUAGCACUUCGCAGUGGGCGUCUUCAAGUAGCUCGAACGGCCACCUGCCCCCGAAUGACAGUGCUGUCCGCUCCGCCGCGGAAUCGCUCGCAUUUCUGCAAGGCGGAGGCGGCAUAGGCGGGCAUGCCCAGCCUCAGCAAAAUGGUUGGCAUCAUACACCCGGAGCGUCAGUACCGCAGGGGAAUGGCGGAAUGUACUGAGCGUGCACGUUCGCGUCACGGCUAAUGGGCAUAGCGUGCGCGCGUUGGUGGCAGUAUAUAGGUCAUUGGUAAGUUCGUCUAGAUAGUCUUUGCCUUGGACUGUGUUCUUGAUUUCGCUAUCAUCGCUAUAUCUCUCGUGUAAUGUCGGAUCGUCAAUGUUGUAUUCCUCAAUCAUUGGAUAUCGGUGAUACCAAUGGCUUCUUGUCCUUGGUCGACGACGAGCUUAAAGCUUGAAGCGCUUGAAGCUACUUGGGCAGCAAUGCAUCUGGCA